AUGUCUACCAUUAGUGUGCACGCACUUUCUGUCAUGAAAACAAAGAACAAAAAAUACUGGCGAAGUAAUAUCGACGCAGAUCAGUGUCCAAAGGAGAGUAUCGUCUACGUUGUAUCGAAUGUGAUUUUCGAACUCCUAUUAGGCGAGCGACAUGUGGUGAAAGAGUGGACCUUGGAGCAGAAUUCCAAGAUCAAUACUGAGCGCACUGUUUGUGAGACUACGAACUCGGAAGAUAUGACGACACGCCAGAAGAAGAUUCCGGGCAUAGAAAGUAUGCUUGCGCAGGUUAACUUGGAGCCUGGUGGUGGAUUUGCUUCAUCCGAGGAAUCUUCUACUACCACGCAAAAAAAGCGCAAGACCCACGAUUCUGAGCGCGACUCGGAUAAAGAAGUACCAGUCACAUCUCCAAACACCAACGUCGAUCCACCUGCUUUGCGAUUCCACUCUAUCCGAAGCUCCACGCAAAUGUCGUCCAUCGACUGGCAAUCGGACGAGGAAGCUGAUUUCCAAUUUGCUCCUCAUUCAGCCCAAAGCCCUCUCACCAUGCGUCCAAAACUCAUCAAAGGCGCCAAGACUGCAAUUACCGUCAGCGAGAAGCCGCAAGAUCUCAGAACCAUGUUAAUCGAAAGCGCAAAGGCGAUGGUUGAGCGCAAGCCAGGCGAUUUGAACUACCACAAGGAGCGCAACACACAAAAUCCUCCCAAACCAUCAAAGGCUAUUGAUCAAGCCGGAUCUUCUAUCUUCCGCUCUUCUCACAGCGAGGACGGUAUUCUGAGCAGUGGUAUGGGACAUAAUCGAAAGUCAAACUCGAAGGUUAAGUCCUCACGCACUUUGCGCCAAGCAAAAGACAAUCAACAAACCACAAACAAAAUCGCCCGAGCAAAUGAAGCAAAAUACCCAAAGCCGUCUCACUAUGGAGAAUCCGACGACGACGUAUCCUCCUUCUACUUAAGCGACGAUUCAUCCCCUGACCCACAACCCGAAGAAUCCACCCAAUCCUUCCUCUCCCGAAUCAGCAAAUUGCACAAUAUCACCCUCGACACCCCAGCAAAGAAAGCCUUUGAUAUCCAAGCUGACUUCGAUACCGCGAAGCCGUAUGAUGGUAACACUCCAUUUGCGAAGAGGUUGAGGGCGCGGUUGUUUCCUGGUAUGGAUCAGGAGGGCAAGGAGAAGACAGUUGAGAAGGGCGAAGCAGGAAAGAACAGCGAGAAGGGUGGAAAGGAGAAGACGACAAAGAAAGAAGAGCUAGACUCCGAAGACGAAGAUUGGGAAACUGUGGAAAAGCCAAAGGGUCCGAGAAAGGGAUUGAGUUGGAGAGAAGAAUUGGACUGGAAGCUCAUGAGUAGCUGGAGAAAGCAUGAGGGAUUGGAAUCUUUCUGGUGA